UAUAGUCUCGCUCAUCCACUUGAUCUAAUAUUGCUUUUUUCAAAUUUUCUCAAAUUGAAUGACGUGAUCUAAUGUUACUUUUUUCAAAUUUUCUGAAAUUUAAUGUGUGUUGUUAUUAUUAUUAUUUUUUAAAUUUCUGUAAUUUGUUAUUGUUUUGGGAUAGUUUAACAAGGUCCAAAAAUCACAUCCCUGUAUAAUUUGUUGUUAGAGAAAAUCACAUCCCUAUAUAAUUUGUUGUUAGCCAAGUUAUCUCUCUCUGUGCAUUUUGAUGCAUUUUAGAAACCCAACAUGCAGUUUUGAGCCAAAACAAUCAGAAAACAUGAAAGCCCACAUGGAUGACUGUGUAGACAACUGCGAAAUCAAGCUGAGAGAGAAUCCACAAAGGCACAAGGACAAGAUUUACAUAGGUUGUGGAGCUGGGUUUGGGGGAGACAGGCCUCUGGGUGCUCUUAAAUUGCUUGAAAGAGUCAAAACAUUGGACUAUCUUGUUAUUGAGUGUUUGGCAGAGCGCACGCUUGCUGAUCGAUACCAAAUUAUGAUGUCUGGUGGUGAUGGCUAUGAUUCUCGCAUUUCUGAUUGGAUGCAUUUGCUUCUUCCAUUGGCUGUUGAGAGAGGAAUCUGCAUAAUUACCAACAUGGGUGCAAUGGAUUCACUUGGUGCACAAGAAAAAGUUCUCAAUGUAGCCAGCAAUUUGGGCCUUUCUGUUACUGUUGCUGUUGCUUAUGAGUGCAAUCAGCUCGAACCAGGGUCAGCAGUUUCAUCCACAAGAUCCGGUGACAUGCUGGGUGGAGUUAGCACUUACCUUGGGGCAGCUCCUAUUGUACAUUGCCUGGAGAAGUAUAAACCAGAUGUUAUCAUAACUUCACGGGUUGCUGAUGCCUCUUUAUUUCUUGGUCCAAUGGUAUAUGAGCUAGGAUGGAACUGGAAUGAUUUUGAUCAACUAGCUAGAGGAUCUCUAGCAGCACAUCUUCUUGAGUGUGGUUGUCAGCUCACUGGGGGUUAUUUCAUGCAUCCAGGUGACAAGUACAGAGAUUUCUCUUUCCAAGAGCUUCUGGAUAUGUCCCUUCCAUAUGUGGAAGUUGGUUAUGAGGGAGAUGUUUGUGUUGCUAAAGCAGAAAAUAGUGGAGGUGAGAUAAGUUGUAGCACUUGUGCAGAACAACUUCUUUAUGAGGUUGGAGAUCCCAGUGCUUAUAUUACUCCUGAUGUGGUUGUGGAUUUUCAAAAUGUCACUUUCCGCCAGUUGUCAAAAGAUAAGGUUCUUUGUGCUGGGGCAAGAGUCUCCAGUGUCAAGGCCCCAGAAAAGCUUCUUCAGUUGGUCCCAAGGGACUCUGGUUGGAAAGGUUGGGGAGAGAUAUCUUAUGGAGGGCAUGGAUGCGUAAAGCGUGCUGCUGCUGCUGAGUUUCUUGUUAGAUCUUGGACGGAAGAAGGAUUAUCUGGUGUUCAGGAUCGUAUCAUUUCAUAUGCCAUUGGAGUAGAUAGCCUGAAGGCAAGUAGCAUACACGACCGCAAUUUGUCCAUGGAAAACUAUAUGGAUAUUAGAUUGCGCAUGGAUGGGCUGUUUGAAUUGAAAGAGCAUGCUCUUCAUUUCAUCAAAGAGUUUCUAGCUCUCUAUACAAAUGGACCUGCAGGUGGAGGGGGAAUCAGCACGGGGCACAAGAAGGAGGUGAUUCUUCAAAGAGAACAGGUCCCACGUGAAUCUGUAUUUUGGCGCACAAAUGCAAAACAAUAUGAAAUUUCACUACUUCCUGCUAAAGGUCAGAUGUAUCUUGAGAAAGCUCAUCUUGGUACCCAUUCUCUUGUGCUACCCAUGACACUAAACUAUCGCUCUAAUGCUUUCAUGGAGUUGUUCCCUAAAAAAGAUGGUCCUCUUGAGCUGCCACACCCAGCUCCAUCUAAUCAAGAGAUAUCUCUAUAUGAUAUAGCCCAUAGCAGGGCUGGGGAUAAAGGAAAUGACUUGAAUUUCUCUCUCAUUCCUCACUUUCCCCAGGAUAUUGAAAGGUUGAAGGUGGUCAUAACCCCAAAAUGGGUGAAGAGUGCAGUCUCACCUCUAUUUAACACCUCCUUAUUUCUCUCUGCCGAGACCAAACAAGAAAGAAACAGUUGGGUUGAUGAACAUUUAAGUGUAGAGAUUUAUGAAGUCAAAGGAAUUCAAGCUCUAAAUGUUGUGGUUCGGAAUGUUCUAGAUGGGGGGGUCAAUUGUUCUAGAAGGAUUGAUCGCCAUGGCAAGACAUUCUCAGAUGUUAUACUGUGUCAUCACAUCGUGUUACCUCCAUGAUCUCAGGCCAUUCUAAUUACACUUUUCCAUAUAUAGUCCAAUGGGCUACACAGGAAAAUAGUCUAUUGGGGUAACGACAGUCCAAUGACAUGAUGGAUGCCCGGGUCCCUGUCCCUCUCUCUCUCUCUCUCUCUCUCUCUC